AUGGACAGUGAACGACCUACAAGGACAGUCCGAUCAGACCCAAGCAUAUGGCUAAUCUGCGUUUUAACAGCGGCCCUCAUUAUCACGGGUAUUUGCUGGAGGAUUCAUGUAUCACAGAUUCGUCAAUCAAACGAAACAUGCCACCGAAACUCUGAUCUGUCCGAGCUUAAACGAAUGCACAACGAUCUCCGUCACCAGUUCACUGAGAUGGAAACGAAGUACAGAUCAGUCAACGAAACCAAGGCUCAAAUCUGUGAAUUGUUGACCAGCAGAAGAGUGCCAGCGUGUCCUCAGGGAUGGAUCGAAAAUGAAGGUCGGUGUUAUUUCCUAUCCAUCCUGGAAGAAUCUUACGAUGGAGCGACGGAACAUUGUUCAAUCUUUGAUGCAAGGCUCCUCAAAAUAAAUUCAAACCAGGAAGAGGAAUUUGUUUCCAUCUUUGUCGGCGAAGAAUCCAAAACUUACUGGAUUGGAAAAUGUGGAGACGGGAUAGAGAUUCCUGCCUCCCGCGACCUCUCGGAGUGGGUCCUCAGCGAUGUCAAAUGGGAGGCUGAGCGGCUGAGUUCUGCACGGGCUGGUGUCGCCAGAAAUAGGAGGGUAAUAGAGAUCAACACGUGGCUCAGGUGUUGGGGUGGCAAUGAGGGCUUCAGAUAUUGGAUCACUGGGGCUUCUAAGGAAGGGCGAACACGAGGGGGCAGCACAGACUGCUGCCUGGAGGCCGCAAAACACCGCUCCGCGUUGCGCCGCUCCUUCAUGUUCUCCGCCAGCGAGCAACUCUCUCAGUUUACAGCAGAACCGAAGUAG